CGACGCCAUCCGGGAUGCAAUGGCUAAAUUUGUGCUCGCUGGCAAAACGGACUGCCCACAUUACGCCAAAGCGGAACUAUUAGCAGACAGUCUGCAGGGAUGUCUGCCAAACUUCAGGAUCCACAAGAUCUCAGUCCUUCCACAUGCAUGGAAGGAAUGGCUCGAGGACACCUGCACAAGAAAUGGCUGGAAGCACGAGCAGUCCCCUUUGGUUUGGAGGGAGCUGGUGGACCAAGGGGGGAAAGCGAUGCUUUUAGGGGGGUUUAGUGACUUCCUGGAGCAUUGUCAGGACUAUUACAGCGUCACAUCAGAUAUGCCUACAGAUAUCAUGCUGAGUGUUGCAUCAGAGAAUCUGGAAACCAAGAUGAACUCAAUCGUAGAGGAGCAACAUCGUGUCAGUCUUAUUAAACCCCUUCAUAUAUGGCUCAGCAGCGCUCUCAGCCCAACCGGCCACUUCCUGAUCCCCAACCUGCUCUCUGCUGAGGUGUUCCCCAACACUUCAGCUAUCAGCCUCCACCUUUUAAACCUGGAGGGGAAAGAGGAGCAACUUCAGUGGCUUAGGAUGGAGACGGAGAACCUGGCACUCCCUCUGCUAUAUCAAGUGACCAUUCACACAGAUCUGGAACAGGCCUUUAAAGAAGCUGAUGUCAUUCUACUUCAGGAUGAGUGUUGGUCUGAUGACAGUGAUACUGAAGAUGAGGAGGAAAUGAAGAAGAAGGUGAAGAGAAUUUCAGACAGAUACAGAGAGUAUGGACAGCUGAUUGACACACGGGCCAACAGGGAGGUAAAGGUCAUCGUGUCUGGGGACUCCUUUGUCAACCUGAGAUGCUCACUACUUUUGGACAAUGUAAACUUGAUUGACAGCAACCAAUUUGUCACCGUGGCAACUCAGCUGGAGAAUGAAGCAAGGGCAAUCAUCGCAAGGAAGCUGAAAGUGAGGACGUCAGAUGUCACACACGUCAUUGUGUGGGGAAACAUCAGCGGCAGUUUCUAUAUUGACCUCCAGAGAGCAAAGGUGUUCAACUAUGAUGGGCCAAUCAAAGGACCGGCUUACUUUUCCCAACCAGCCAAAAACAUCCUCCAAGAAAGGAAAUGGUUGGAAACAGACUUCCAGGAGUUGGUGCGUUGUCAGCGUGCAGCUGUGGCUUCAAAGACCUGCCGUGCUGCUCCCAUGUCGCUCGCUAAUGGGAUCCUCGAGGUCCUAAAGGCGUGGAAUGGCAUUUGCGGUGCAGAUGAGAUCUUCUCUUUGGGAGUGCUUUGCCCAGGUGACUAUAAUCUCCCAGAUGGCAUCGUCCUCUCAGUCCCGGUCAUUUUCACAGACAGGAAGUGGUCCGUGCUGUCUGAUGUGACACGUGAAGACAAUUUGAAGGAGAGACUUGAGAUCGCGGCGAGUGAACUCCGGCAGGAGAAAGAACUGGGAUCGGUUGCGAUAAAUAAAACAGACUAAAACAUGAUGAAGUAAUCCAGAAGAAUCUCACUGCCACAUCUUUUUUUUUGUUUCAGUUUGUUCUUUUAUUCUCAAACUUUCACAUGUGGUGUUGCAGUUUUAUUUGACCAGUUUCAUGACAAUAAAGUUUUUUCCGCUUUGUGAAACCCGUUCGUUGCUGUUAUAUUUUCAGAUGUAAAAGACCAAACUGAGUAGUUUAUGGAAAAGGAGAAAUUAGAAAAUAUAUUCCUUUUUCUUUAAUUGUACAUUUCAAUAAGUGCCUUUUUUAUAGUUCAAGAAGCGAUAUUUUUAAGCAUAAAACACACGACUACAAUACACAGACUAGCCUGUUAAUAUCCUUCUAUACAUCUGAUGUAAUCCCUGGCCUUAGCAGUUGGAGACUUCCCCUUUGUUGGUAAUGAAAUAUAAACAAACUAGAUUUAAUGGGCUCUUUUAACCUGAAACAUUCAAAUUGAUUUUUCUUUCCUCACAAAUUGUGCAAUACUUUGUCAGUCGACAAGGAGAACUUGAACAGAGCUCUGUUUUUACAUGCAGAAUAUACACGUUCCUUUUUAGCAUUUCUACGCUAUACACAAGGAGGCAUCGACUGAAAAAGGACGGGUUAGUACAAAUACAGUGCUGCGACAAGUCGGGAAAUGGACACACAUUCUGCCAUGGUAUGUUCAAUUUGUACAACCCACCUCUGAGAUUCGGAUGCCGAGUGGUUUACAGAAAGCAAAACCGGCCUCUUGAUACAGUCGAGCAUAGUGCUGGAUUUCGUUUUUGUCAUUUUCUAACAUUUUAAAUUGCAAUGUCCCUCAAAAAAAAGAAUCUGCUCCAAUAAUCCUUUAAAAAUGUGCCUCAAAUAAUGAUCAUGGACAUGCAUGGACUUGUCGUGGCACAAAGGAGGUUAUUUGGUAAAUAUACAUAUCCCAGUGAUGACUUUACAAGGGAAAGAAAGUUGGGGCUUUUAUAACAACACUUAUCAAUAGAGUUGUGAAUCAAGAGUAAAGUCAAUUACGUAUGGAUGGACUCUAUUGAUAAAAAAGAGGCAUCAAUUACCGAGGAACAUUUCUUAUAUCUUGCCACAAAGUCACUUAUGUGUACGGGUAAAGAUCUACUACUGUUCAACAUCCAACAAUGUCAACGUUUCCAUUUCCA